AUGCUUCGCUUCGCACUCGCCGCAUUCAUCGUCGUUGCGAAGGGCUCAGGGACCGAACGCCUUGCAGAAGGGAGUUGUGCCCGGCCACCGAUCGGGGCUGGGCAUGCCCUUCUGCAGCACGGAUAUCGCCGUGCCAAUCCGUUCUCAUCACCGCAGCACGCGGGGUGCAGCAAGAUGAUCUCGCAGUGCCUCAGCAAGACCCAGGAGGAGGAAGAAGAGCACUUCUACAAUGCCAACUGGUCCGCAUGGAAGUUGGGCUUCGAUGUCUGCUGCAACAACCAGUACAACGAGAUUUUGUGCGCUUCGCUGGAUUCAACCCUCUUCACAUUCUCGGGCCGUCAGUUUGGGCCCGGUGACUUAGUGAAGGCGGAUGACCUCCUCUCCGCCCACUUCGACGAGGAGGCCUUCCAAAACCAUUCCGCCGCAGAGCUUCUGCAGAUCCGAGAGGCCACGCUCAGGGCCCAGCUCAAGGCCAAGCUGGGCUUACGAGAGCUCUUCCGCCGGUCAUCUGCGAAGGUGCGUGCUCGGGUGGUCCGGCAGCACAUCCACGCCUGCCAGGCGAAUCCAGACUGCUGGGAGGGGGUUUUCAAUAUGCAGCAGUUCUUCUUGAAGGAAGCAUCGCGGGUGCGCCACGAGCCUGCUCCGUCUAACGGAGGGCGUAACUGGCGCUGUGUGCCAAAAGGGACUAUCAUCUCUGCGGCUGGGGGUGAGGACCAGCAGUGCGAGGUCCGUCACGGGGAGGUCGAGUGCGUGUCGAUUCCUUUGAAAGGGGAAUGGAAGGUCGAAGAUAUUGAGAACUCAGACACGUCUCCAUUCAAAAUCUUCUCGCCUGGAGAAGCAAGUCGCCCGGAUGUGGGUAAGAAGACCUACGACAUCAUGCACGAAAGGUGGGGGUAUGCAAGCAGGAAGGUAACUGCGCCAGGCUGCAAUGUUGCCGUCACGACGGUGAGUUUGACGAACUACACUGAGAUCGACCACGAGCUCGCUCAUCUUGUGGGGAAGCCUGUGCUGGUCGGCCCGGAUGCCUUCGUACCUGUGCGGGAUCCUAACGUUGAAGCAGGCAAACGGUGGAAAAACAAGCACCCCACCGAAGUUGAGGUGGGAGAUGUGGUCUUCUUCCUCGACCCGUCCAACGAAACCGUCAGGCCCAGCUCGGUGACCAGCGUCCGGCAGGUGCAAGAGCAGCUGACCGGCUACGAGUUUGUCACGGAUUCGAAGCUUUACUUCGCGGAUCACGUGGGCAUCUACUGCGAGGGCAGCAACAGUCAGCGGCUCUGGCCAAGCAUGUUGAUGCUCGCUGCCUUAGUGCUGCGAUCCCUGGGGGCGCAGAUUCCGCAGCGAAAGCUGGGGAGCGGCUGUGGCAACUUGGCCCACUUGGUCUUGGCUCAAGUUGGGACGAGCUUUUCCAAGCCUGCCAGUCUCUGCUCCAGCUAUCCUCGCUGCCGAAGCCUCCAGCAGCUACAAGCUUUUCCAAGCCUGCAGCUCUUCGGCUACAGGCUUUUCCAAGCCGUGAGACCUACAGAGGCCAGGCUUUUCCAAGCGGGCCACCACAGUAGCGAACGAAAGAACGAAGCGGUGCUCACGGAGGUCCCUGGCCUCCUCCUUAGUGAGGUGCUCCUUUUCCAAGGUUGCUUUGAUUUCGUCGAUGAUGCCUUCGAAGGCCCCGACUUUCCCAAGUCCGGCUGGGCGGACGAGGGCGCCUUCUCCAUCUCGCUUUAUCUUGCGAAGAUGGGAAUUGAGCGACGGACAGUGUGCAAGGAGCGACAGCAGAGCCGCCCUGAGGGGUCGGCCGAGAUGGCGGCGCCGGCGUCCUUCGACGAGUUGUGUGACAAGGCCGCAGUGCACCCGACAGUUCGCUUGCUUUUCAAGGCCAGAGGGGUGGACGUCCCGGGAGUGAUACACCACCUCUUUUCGGACCGCUCUAAGAUCCAGGCGUUCUUGGACCCGCUGAGGGCAGGCGUCGAGUUGGCAGGAGACACAAAGAGGAGGUCGGCCGACGAACUGUUGAUCGAUCAGGCCACCGUCCUCGAACUACUGGACGUCAUAGCGCCGACGAAAACAGCAGCCUCUCCAGCCGCCCCGGUCGCACCGGCAGCGUCUACCACGUCAACGAGUUCGUCUGACAAGCCCCAGGAUCUACCGGCCGGCUACUGGAACGACUUCGUGACCGAGUACGAGGCCGCGGUGGUCGACGGUAGGAACCGCAAGUUCCCGGCCCACUUGUUGGUCGGAUCCGAGAAGACCUUGGGCCGUAUGGUCGCGGAGAAGAAAUCGGGGCUCUACACGGCGUUGGCCUUGGGAGAGAUUCUCUUUUCGCGCCACUUCACGGCAUCCAAGCAGGUGAACCCUUUCUCGUCUACAACGAAGCCGGAGACCUCCACCAAGCUGUUCGCAUCCGAGGACGGCACCCUCUCCAAGGUCGCAAAGACGAUGCCAGAGCCCCAAAGGCUUGUCACUAUGUUGGAUGCGUUCGAGGCCUGCAAGUUCGCGUUUAUGUUUGCACGCUGGGGCCCAAACCCGGAGGUCGCAGACUACUUCGGCGCCCGACCCCUUAAUCCCUGGAACCAGGCGUCGAUGUCUCACGUGACUCCGCCUCCGCACCGCGCACAGCAUGCGUCGCAGCCUCACGUGGCUCCGCAGCACACGCCAACCCUGCAGGCGUCGCAGCCUCAUGUGGCUCCGCCGAGCUCUACUCCUCCGACACCCACGAACGCCACACAGCCUCAGUCACAACAACCUCGCUUCCCGGUCGCAGUUCUCAGCUUCUUCGAUGGCAUAGCAACGGCUCUACACGCAGUGAAGAGCUGGUCCAUCAGGCCAGUCCUCGCUUGGUCGUGGGAGCUUGACCCGGAGGCCACCAAGGUCGCGUCGUCGCAGCACCCCGAGAUGGUCCACCAUGGCGAUGUGUUCGGCCGCAAGCCUCAGGAGGACACUGUGGUCCUGCUGUUCGCCGCCCCACCUUGCCACGAUUUUUCCAGGAUCCGGAGCGAUCCCCCAGGUACGCAAGGCCAAGAAGGCUCUAAGUUCACUAAGUUCGCCGACUGGCUUAAGAACUUCGUUCGGUCGUCCAGCUUUCGGGUGUUGUUCCUCGUGGAAAACGUGUACAUGUCAGCCUCGCAACAGCAGGAACUCGACAGGGCCUUAGAGUGCAGGGCGUUCGCAUGCGAUGCCGCGAGCUGGGGUGUCGUGUCGCGACCUAGACUCUGGUGGUCGAACGUGGUUUCCCCUCCACUGGAAAACGUUCGCGAACCACCUGCCAAACUGGGAGGACAGGCACGCUGGCGCAGACUGAACAGACACUGGGAGAUCAUCCCCAACAGCACUCUGUUUCCUCGACAGGUCGCACAGUCGUGCCCGUUUGCGACCUUCAGUGAAGAAGUCACAUCGGGGCGCAUUAGGUUCCCUUGUUUAACAACACCUGCUGAGACCGCCCAGGGUCGCGAGCCACCGGGGAAGAAACGCCGCUCCGAAAGCCCCGGAACCGUCGCAGGUAAAACUGACUUACCCGACCCGGCCACGCGUGAGUGGCUUCAACUUCUUCCUAGCGGUUACACAGCGUCAGUCUCUCCACAUGCCAGAGCCAGACUACUAGGAAACGCGUGGCACGCGGGAGUCGCCCGACUCCUCGUGCUCUUGGUUCUGUGUCAGGCAGGCAUCAUCGAUGCACACCCAGUUCGCGCGGAGGAGUGGUACCCAAGAGGCCGCUGGCACCCAGACGGGAGUCGCCCUUUGCAGCGGGUCGCCUCUUGGUGGCUACGCCCAUCCCUCCGCUGGGACCCCAACGAGACACAGCCAGGCGAGCUCAGGUCACCAGGCGCCGGUGCAGCAGCCCAUUUCCAGUGGGCACAACAGUUGACGACGUUAGGUCUCAAGGUCGCGCAGGUUCGCGAGUCAGUCCUUCAGGACCUUAGAGCACUGGUCGAAGAACUCCAAGAGGACCAGGCCGAAGCACUGCAAGCCCUCCCUGCACACGUGGCCGCAGUUUACAAACAAGGUUCGCCACAACUUCGGUUCCAACUUCUGCCUUUGGCUUGGCUCCUCGAGCUUUGCCAGUUCCCGGGUCGCAAAGAGUUCUACGCGCGUCCACUCUCCAAGCCAGACUUCUUGGUCGCUAACAGACAGCUUGCGGUGACCUUACGUGAACCCUCCGCUCAGCCUGAACACCACGAUGCCAUGAUCACCGAGCUCAAGAAAGAGCGCGGGCUGGGGAGGGUUCAAGGCCCACUCCCCCUCUCUCUCUUAGGCACUGGGCAGGAGCCAGCGUCUGUGCAGGUCGCACGAGGUUUUGCUGUCGUUCAAAACGACAAAGUUCGUCGGGCCGACGAUUGGCUCAGGUCGAUGCACAACAGCACGGUCUCUGCAGUUGACACCCCACCGUAUCUGGGCGGCCCUACGGUCGUAGGCGGAGUUUUGCAGUGCUCAGAGACGUUCGCCGAGCCAGUGCUUUUGGGCGCCAUCGACCACGAAGGUGCAUACAGGUCGCUACCUGUGCGCGAGCCCACGGAGUGUGGCUUGGUUAUGCCAGGAGUGUCCCCGAGCCUCUGGUCGCACAAUGCCCUUCCUUUCGGGUCGGUGGGCUCCGUUUGGGCAUACCUUCGGGUCGCAGAGGUGGUCUCGUUUCUGACCAUCACGUUGCUCCUGAUGUUCGCUGCUCACUACGUCGACGACUUCUUCUCGUUGGAACGCUCCAGGACGGCACUGUCGGGGUUCGCCGUGUUUCAAGCGUUCCACAGGGUACUGGGUUUUCGCAUGAAGGAGGAGAAGUCCAAAGAACCUCGGCUCGAGCAGACUCUUUUGGGCAUCGAAUGGACAAUUACGGCCACGGCCAUUUUCGCCUCACCUGGGGCUCGCAGGGUCGCCAAGUUGAUCACUACGAUCAGCGACUUCCUGGCUUGUGGCCGCAUGUCAGCUUCUGAGUGUUCGCAGCUCACAGGCAAACUGUGCUUUACCUGCACAUGGGUUUUCAACAACGUAGGGAGCAUGCUGCUACAGCCUCUCUACCACAGGCAACACAGUGGGUCUCCUGGCUCGAGUCCGCUGACUCCCAGGAUGCAGCAAGCACUACACCAGCUGCGAGACCUUUUGCCGAGGUUGCAACCCAGACGGUUCGCGAUAGACCCACACGAGCGCAGACAGCCGGUCGCGCACGUCUAUGCGGAUGCCUUUUUGACAGUACACGGAGUCCGCCGUGUAGCUAACAAGUGGUUGUCUGAGCUGCCACCACUCCAGGAGCUUAGUACGGCUACGAACGGCUUCGGCGCGAUCGUGGCCUUACCAGGUCGCCGCCCUGUGGGCUUCAGAGGCGAAGUACCAGCAACAGUGCUGGCCAACCUGGCCGCGUCCAGGGCAUAUAUAUUUUGGUUGGAGGCGCUAGCACAGCUAGUGUCGCUGGCCGUCGUUUGUGACCUGGUCAACACUCACGUGUGUUGUUGGAUAGACAAUACAGCGGCCGAGCACGCGCUCAACAAAGGAUACUCGAAAGAUCUCAGACUCUCGGCGAUUAUUGGAGCUUUUUGGGUUUGGGCCGCUUCUAGGUCGCUUUCAGUUUCCUUUCACAGAGUCUCAAGCGAAGAGAACAUCUCCGAUGGCAUUUCUAGGGGGGAUCUCAGCGAUCUACAGUCCGCCCACGGAAAGUUCUACGAGAUCUCCUUCAAGGAAGUCUGGUCGCGCUUAGAACACUUCCGAGACGACUGCCGGAGCUACCAGGACGAGUUCGCUCAGCUGGUCGCGAUCCUCUCGACCCAACUUCGCUGA